UGGUAACAGGAUUCAGAGGCAUAUGCCGGAGGAUAAUGAGGACAGGAGGAGACGACUGAAGUAUACCGUCGAGAAGCUUCUCGCGCUCAUCGAUGGCCAGGUGUGCUCUGAGGAGCUGACGGAAACCUGGACCCGCGCAAAGGGCGAGACAGUCAAGGAGCACGGUCCACGCCUAGCGGAUCUUAAAAGGGCCCUCGAUGAUGGCAAGUUCCUGGACCUCGGCGCGGGGCGAGGCGUUCCCAUGCGCCUUGUGACAAAGACAUGCAAAGCAUCGUGGCACUAUGACGGCACAUGGCCUCUGUUGGCUUCGGACGAGAGCACGGCAUGCUCUAAGCCAGAAGAGGACCUCCCUCGUUCUAUUCAUGCCAGCAGAUUCAUCCUCCGCCCACCUGGUCAGCACUGCGUCCGCCUCCCGCCACCCGAUGCUGAGCCUGGCCCCCCUCAGCGGCCAGACCCUUCGCCUGAGCAGAUCGCGCAGUCUUACCGGGACAGGGGCAUUGCUGUUCCCCGAGUUGAUAACACCAAGGAAGACAUGUGGUAGUCUUAUCUUCCUUUGUAAUGAGAGUGCAUUCAAGAAGGCUUUGCUGCCGAGAUCUCGCUCUCAAUGACGUGCCCUAAGGCCCCUCUCCGCGGCCAUGAGUCAUGACAUACAAUCUCUUGUCAGUGACUCCGGCUAUAGCUGGCUCGCCUCGCUCUCUCUGCCACGUCACACGAUGUGGGACAGGCCGGUGGAUUGUCACAAUUUAUCAGCUCGAUACCUCCACGGCACCACUCUAUGCGGGCGAGUCGAGGC